AAAUAGGAGAGACAGAAAGGAGAAGAGGAGAGAUCCAAGAUUUUGGUCGACUUUGGGAGGGAGGUUUGGGUUUGUUUCGGAAGAAGUGCGUGCAUGCCAAUAUUUUGAUCCAGUUUGGGAGAGAGCUUUCAGCAAAAGAAGAGCUCCACUGCGAAAGCUGCACUAAAUUUCUUUAUGCAAUGCAUAUGGACUACACUGGUUUGAAUGAGGGAUUCAACGUUUGCAGUUUAAAUCAGAAGGGAAUGACAGUGGUAGAGAAACUCAGAGCAAAACUGCAGUUGGCAUCAAACCUGUCCAGUCCAAACUCUGAAGCACCCAACUACAUGGAACUUAUAUGCUGGAAAACCAUAGGGCGGUUUGGAACAAGCUCUAGAGCUCAAUCCGACUCGAGCUGCAGAAGAAUCCAGUUGUACGGGACCGUUUGUUUAUUGCUGUGUUGGUUGGAGCACUUGCUUAUGGCUUUUAUUUGGUGUAUUUUAUUGACAUUGAAUUCUGUUAUGAUUGUUAUACUGGCACCGAGCUUUUUUUGUUGUUUCUUAUCAUGUUCUUCAGGAUCUAUGGACCUUAUCUGCUGCUACAGAAGUCAUUUAUGCCAAGAUGCAUGCUGCACACGCAUCUCUGUUUUACUCUGUUCUUUAUCUCUAUCUGAUAUGAAUCUAAGGUCUUGCACAUUAAAUGCCUUCCUCUGUUUCUCUUAGAGCAUCUCCAAUGGAGUUUUCUUUUAGCUUGUAUCAAAUUCAAAUUUGACAUGUGACAUGGCAAUCCCCAUUUUUGCCUAAUCUUACUCCAACCGAUAUGUCAAAAUUGUAUGUUUUUU